CAAUUGGACAUCAGCUGGUUUUGGUUGUAUUCAAUAACAAAAAAUACAAAAAUAUACAUUAGAUCCUAAAAAUAAAAAUACAGAAAAGUUAUUUGAUAUUUUUUAAUAAAUGUACGAUUGUUAAUGGAAAAUGGCAACACAAGAAAGGUUGCAGAAAUCUCUAGGAGUACUAAAAACAUUAUCUCAACUCCAACCUCUUGAUCAAGCAAGGAAAAAAGAGAAAAUUCAUCAUUGCCAUGUUGUUUCUGAGGCAAUUUCAAAUCCUACCAUCAAAGUUUCAGCAAAUUUCCAUGUCCUUCUUGGCGUUACCUUGGAGACUUUCUUAAAAUUGUGCGAUGAUUCGGAUGCUGAUAUUCGUAUGACCAGUGAUGAAUGUUUAAAUAGAAUUAUUCGGGCCGUGACUGAUGGACACACAGGAAAAGUCCAAUUAGAAUUGCAUAAGGAAAUUAAGAAAAAUGGACCUGCGCGAUCCCUUAGAGCAGCCUUAAUCCGAUUUUCUCAGUUAGCCCACCACAUUAGGACCCAUAAAGGGAAACCAUAUGUGAUCAACUUGUUUCCCAGUAUUAUUAAAAUUGCAGACAGGCCUGAGGAAUCGGUGCACGAAACUUUAGCAGCCAGUUUACCCCAAAUAUUGAAAUAUUUGGGGAUAUUUGCACCUGAUAAUGAUGUCAAGACUCUUUUAAAAGCUUUUCUGCAAAACAUUGUCAAGCCUUCUGCCCUAGUUAGAAGAACUUCAUCUAGUUGUAUGUUUUCAAUUUGUACGCAUUCUCGAAGACCUUAUAUUUUUGUGACAUAUUGCAUAAAUCAUUUGAUUGAUAUGAUAGUGCCAGUGGAUGUCAACCAAAGUAGCUAUUCUAUACUAGGAAUUCUUCAUUGUUUAAAAGUCUUAUUACCAUUUACGAAUAAUGUUGAAAAGUCCAAUAAAGGCGUUGGCUCUAGAGAAGUGGAAGUUAUACAACAAAUCCCAACAAAUAAGCUUCUUCAGGUAUACGAAUUAUGUAUUUACUAUUUAACCAGUGCAGAUCACAAUAUUACAAAUGCCGCAUUGGACACAUUAAAUACAUUACUUCUUAAUGCAACUAAAGAUUUGCAAGAAAAAUUAUUGAACCCAAACGGUAUUGACAAAAAUAGGAUACACCAGAGUUUGUCCCUCAGCAAUAUUCGAUCUCCUAGUCAAUUGAGUAUCGCAGUAAAUACAACAUCAUCAGACCAGCUGUUUUCUGAACUGACUGAGACUAUUGAAACUGAUAUCGUGAAAUGGAUAGGACAGUCGACACUGUCAGUUAUAAGUGAGCCUAAUGGCGAAAAUGUGGAUAAGACAGAUUCUGGUGAAACUUCAGAUAUCGAGGUAGAUAUUCAAAUUUCUCAAAGCCAAUCAAGCAUACCUGCUCAAUAUUAUGACACACCACAGAGGUUACCAGAAUCAUUUGGAAUUAGCUCCAAAAGUUCCAGCAUUACUGAUAAUCUGGAACCAUUAAGCAGAAGAUCCUCACAAGAAAGCAUAGUGGGAAGUGAUGAGAAAAUAUUAGAAAGCUAUAAUGACUGCUACGAAACUGAUAUUGGCGACUACCUUGACAAAUCUGUGUCACUCGCUUAUUGCACCAGGCUUAUAACAAAGCAUUUCCUUCUUCCUGGAAUUCCCAACCAAUAUAUGAGCGAUAAAAAUGUCAGAGUAUCAGUCAAAGCCUCAGCUCUCACUUGUUUGUCUUCGAUAUUCAAAAUUUAUCCCUACGGAUUCUACAUGUAUCUUGACAAGAAUUUUCCACAAUCAGGAGACACAGCAAAAAAUUGUCAGAAAAUUGAUGAUAUUAUAUUGCUGGCUGAUCAUCCAGACCCACAGUUAAGAGGAAUUGUUCGGUGUAUAACGUCAGACGUUUUGAUGGCGAUACUCAAGAAGACUCAUUUAGAUUUUGGAUUGUGGGAAAGUUGUUUGAGUGAUCAUACUGCAUCUACUGGCAUUAGAUUUGAUAUGUCUUCAUUUUAUGGCGUGGCGGAUUUUGUGGACAUUUGGGUGAAGGGUCUUCAAGAUGAAAAUUCUAAUUGCCUCAGGCAAACUUUACUAAGCUUAAAGCCAAGUUUAGAAUUACUCUGUGAAUCAUCGAGCUGUAAGGAAGUUUUUCCAAUUUUGGAUGUAAUUCCGAGUUUAGCACAUAACCCUUACUGGUUAGUUAAAGUCGCGUUAUGUGAAGUAUUGUCAACUAUUUCAUACAUAACAAUUCACCAUAAUUUAGGUGAUGGUUUAUUUCAAAAGAAAAUUCUAUUUAACGUUUUGUUUAAGUUCCUAAAAGAUAGUGAUCAAAGAAUUAGAAAUGCGGCUUCCACAGCCAUACAUAGUGUAAUAGAACGCUUAUAUUCCGAAGAUUAUCAUCCAAAAGAACACACAGAGACCACAAAAGGAAUCUGUUUUAUUAAUAAAUAUUUCCCACACUUACAAGAAAAAGAAAAUACAAAUAAUGUUCAUUGGACACAUUUUGUAGAAAACAUGCCAUUUCCAUACUCUAAGAUUUCAUCUAAUAUCUGUGAUAGAGUUGAUUAUGUUUUGUCAAUAAUAGUGAUUAAAUUAUACACUAAUGUGAUAGAAACAAGCUCCAAAUAUUUUCUUUAUGGUUGUAUAGAAGCCCUCUCUUCACUUUCCAAUAAAUACCCUUGUACCUUAUACAGACAGGCUUGGGGUGUUUCAGAUAACUAUAAACUUAAUACUGGCCCCAGUGAUAAUAUUAAAGAUCUUUUGGGUUUGUGUGUUAAUUUAUUGAAUUCUUCUGCAGAAAUUUACGACAUAUCUUUCAUGAUUAACCUUAUGACUUUAACUUCAAAUUUGUAUGCUGGUUAUACAAUGGUCACACUCAAACCGAUCGAUCUGACAGAAAAAUCUGAGAAAACGUGGCCAAUGCUCUCGGAUGAUUCGCUUAAAACCAUUUCCGAUCAAUAUCUUCUACACGUCGUGAGACUUUUAAAUGUUUUCCAUCAUGUAAUUGGCGACUUGGUACCCGCACCACCUCAAAGUAAAACAGUGUUACCACAGCUUCCGUCCGCAGGUACGUUGUCGCCAAUCAAAAAAAGAAAAACUGAUGGGAAGCGAUCACCACUGAGCUCUGCUAAGAUGGCACUAGAGAAGGACGAUAGAUCUGAGAAAAGGGAAAUAAAGAUGAUUGGAAUUGGCUGUUUUACCGGAUCGCAGCAUUAUAUGAAAAUAUUUGAGAUGUUGAGGAAUGCAUUUGUUAAUUAUAAGAUUUCCCUAGAUCCAACUUCAUCUGAAAGUUUUCUGGAAUUGCUGCGUAAAACCAUUCAUACACUAUGCGUAAUUAUGGAAAUCGGCACCUUGAACGAAUUCGGCAAAAUUUCCGAAGAAAUCCUUGGUUACUUGAAAACGACUUUUGCUUUGGACCGCACGCUUGCUGUUCAGUGCGUGCAACAACUGUUAAAAUGCCUGUUUGGCACGAAUUUGACAGCUAAUUUAGGAGAUAUUUUGAACGACACCGUCAAAGAUGACGAUAAGGAAGAAAAUUGUAGUUUUUAUUACAACAUGUUUCAAAAACCUUACGAGGAAACAUCAUCAUGCAUCCAAUCAUUGAAUAGUAUCAGUAAGGUAGAAUGCGAUGGAGAUAGUACCAUUAUGGGAUAUUUGCAUAGAAGAGAUGUUAAAACGCCGUCAACUAUAUCUCAAACUUCUGACAAAACGUUAGCGAACUAUAUUAGGAUUUUUGAGCCCAUUGUUAUAAACUCUCUUAAGCAAUACACUGUUAGCAGUGACGUCGCCUUUCAGUGUCAAGUGUUAAAAUUAUUGAGCCAACUGGUUCAGCUUAGAGUCAACUAUUGUCUGCUCGAUUCUGAGCAAGUUUUCAAGGAUUUUGUCCUGAAACAAUUUGAAUACAUUGAAGAAGGUCUGGUCGCCCAUUGUGAAGAACUUAUACCAAGAAUUUUCCAAUUCUUAGUACAACUCUCUUACCCCAAGCAGCAUAGUAAAAAUAUUAUUGAUGUUCCAAAAAUUAUACAACUUUGCGAUGGUCUCAUGGCUAGUGGACAAGAUCCUAUAACUCAUUGCAUACCAGCGUUAGAGCCUAUUGUAGAGGAUGUGUUUUUGAUAAGAAGCAGAUCAAACACGACCGAUAUGAAAGAACUAGAAACCACUAGAGAAGUGGUACUAGCAAUGCUACUGCGUCUUCUAGAAUACAAAGAAGUAAUAGAUUUAUUAACUUUAGUACUAGAAGACAGCAAAUAUUGUACCGAUGAUACGGAAAAAUGGUUGCGAUGGUCCGGACAAGUAGCGAACGUAUUUUUGCAAAUGUUACGACUCGACAAAAUAAGAAUCGAUAAUUUUGAAACAUUUGUGUCGCUGAAAAAAUUGAUUUUUGCUUUGAAUCCGAAUGUUUUUAGACCGAUAGACGAUGUUAUUGUAAUGUUAUUCCAAAAUCCGCCAUCAUUGCACUACGACUAUACUUUAAACAGAUGGCUCUCAAAAGUAACACUUCUACUUUUCAUAAUAUCUCCUCUAAGAGAAGACAAUCUGCUGGCAAAAAUAAACUUGCUCAAAAUCCAAUUUAAUCCAGGAAGUAUUUUCGAAAACUUCACAGCCACUGCAGAUCCGUUGAAUGUUUACAACAAUGCUGAUGCUUUUCAAAAUAUUUCUGCUGAAGCUAUAAUUGCAAGAUUAGUUUUCAGAAUCAUUUCUAUAGUAUCUGUGGAAUUAGCGAAAACUGAUUCGAAGCCUGACGACUUUCUCCUGGGAGAGUUUAGCAUAUUUUUGAUGUACUGUUCCCAUAUUUUUCAAUCAGGUAGUCUAUGCAAAGUCUCCCAAGUAGCUGCAUCACUGUUAAACCAAUCAACUCAAUCCGUAACCGGCAUUGACACAAUUAACAAAAAUUUCGUCCAAAUACAAAGACUACAUCCAAUACUUACUUUCCAAUGGUGUCACAUAUUGAGCAUACUUAAUUACAACUGUCUUGAUUUUUGGAGCAAAAUAAUUGGCAAUAAAAAUUAUUCGAUAAAUGAUUGUUUAGUACGAAAUGGAGGGAGCAUUGUAUUUUGUGACUAUUUGAAUGAAAACUUAUCAGAAACUAAACAGCUUUUAUGGAUUUUGUCCAAGCACUCUGAAAAACUUAUACAGCUUAUAGACGAAAUUCCCGUAUCAGAGUUUAUUUCUUUUGUGCACAGAAAUGCCACUUUAAGCAAAGCAUUUGUAACAGGCAUUACACAGAAUUGUUUAAAUUAUCAGAAUUGCAUUUUUAAAACCAAAAUUCUGAAAGCCAUAGAAAAUUGUCACACUUCCCAAACUGGUGCAUCGAUUAAAUUAUUAAUUCCAAAAAUGUUAUCCAAUCGGCAAAUUGCCAUUUCGCGUAUGGUUUCCCAGUUGGCAAGUCGAAAAAUUGAGUUCCUAUUCACUUUGUCUAGAGAAGAAGUUCUCAAACAACUGACCAAAGAAGACUUGUUUAUCAUUAAAGAAGAAUUGAAUAUUAGAAAUAUGGCUAAAAAACACGAAACCCUUGUUUUUCUGCUAAACAAAUUGCUAGUAAGUUAUUACGAUAUGAGCCCGUUGGAGUUCAGCCAAACGCGCAUGGUCCACCCAGAAUACAUAAGAAAACUGGAAAUUAACAAAAAAUGGUUUCUGUCUCAAAUCCAAGGAAAAUACCAGGACGGACUGCUGAGGAAAGAAACAUCAAGAGUGAUGGCAAGAUUAGAGUACAACGAGCUGCUUAGUUUUAUGUCUAGUGAUGAUUUUAACAAAAUUAUUUUUAAAGAUUGUAUCGAAAGAGGAGUGGAAAUGUUGAGGGAGGGCCCACUUAAACAAGAGCCUCCCAUUUUAAAAGCUACAGUUGAUAUUAUUUUGAAAGAAGUUAGUUGGAUUUUGGAUGAGCUCUAUGAAAGUCAUGAGAUAUUUAAAAUGAAUACAAAUGAAAAUACCCACUCAAACCAACGAACAGAACGAUUCAACGAAGAAACUUUCACAAACUUGGUUCAAAAUCUAUGUUUAGCCCUUUCAUCUUUAAUGAAACACCUUUGUAUUUUACCAACACUGCAGGUUUCCGAAAUAGAUUGCGAAAAUAUCUCAAAAUUUGCAGUGAUAGCAUUAGAAUAUGUAAAUUUUAUUUUAAUUACCGACAAAAAUUAUAUAAACAUUAAUUUUUUGGACACCUUGUUAGAUUGUUCAAAUGAAAUUUUAAAGCAAAGCCAGUUUUGCAGCUAUUUAGGCCUGGAACAAAAUAUUUCCUGGCUGUGUUCCUCAAUUAAUUCCCUCCAUUAUUUGGUGCAAUUUUUUCUGGUAGACCACGAUCCUUUGCCUUCAAUUGAAAAUGUAUUCAACUCUGAAAAUCUAGAAACUCGAGAAGCCCAAAAAUCUUGUCAUUGUCUUUACACUCUGACUUGUUGGCUUUACAAAAUUCAAAAUAAUUAUGUGGGAAUUCCCACGUUUUUGCUAGACAAGGCUAGAAGUUUAAUAAUAUCGUUGUCAAGGUUGCCUAUGGUAAACUCGUUCAACUUUGUCCCUAAAAGAGUUUGGAAGAUGGGCUGGCAACCAGAGUUUACGGGAAAAUUCCUCACCCAAGUUCCUCCUAUACCUAUUGAUAUGUUGCAAGAAAUUGAUGUGCUUGAAGAAUACAUUUUCAGAAUAACCUUGAUUGGCUGGACAACCAGACAACAAUUCGAAGAAUCCUGGAUGUGUUUUCUCAGCGUUCUUUGUCCUCCUCUAGAUAAUCUGGAUUCACCUGACAUUACCAUUGCCAGGCGUGCUUCGUGCUAUGCAAUAAAGGCAAUUACAGCUCAACUAUUACAAACUUUAGGGUAUCCUGUAUUGGGCAAUAAAAAUGUCUCUAGUAUUAUGCACGUUUCAAGAAAUAAGGAGAUUUCAGAAAACACUUUAAGCAUAAAGAAACUGAAAAUAAUCCAAGACCAAAUCCAAACUAUAUGCGAUGACCUGUGCAUCAAUUGUCCCAGAGACGACAUAAGAAACGUAUUUUUGAAUAAAAAUUUCGAAAAAACCAACAAUCAAUAUUCCUAUGGUCAAAUGUCGAUCAGGUACUUUUUGUUUGCCACUGGCGCCAUGGAAAAUAAAAAUCCUGAUAUGUGUGCUGAGUUAACAUUUAAAAGACGAAAAAAGUUGCUGAAGGAUUGCGGAUUGGACGUGAACUCCUGUUUGCAAUUUUUGUUGGAUUAUUUUACGCAGCUUAUGAAGUCUGAGUCAGCAGUAAUCGACAUCAGAAUUCUGCAUGAAACAGUGAAAUCGACCUUGUAUAUUUCCGAUAUAUUCACGGACAAAGCCCAAUUCAGCUGGAUGUUGGAUAUUUUUUUGAGUCUAUCGAAAAUCCACUCAGUAGAAGACGAGCUUAUUCAUCAGUAUUUAAUUAUUGGCAUUUGCAAAGCAGUUGCAGUCUUGAAUCCAGAUCUGGAAAUCUAUGAACAAGCUAAAAAAAUGUUAGUCCAAUUCCUAAAAAGUCCAUUUCUGCCUACGAGAAUAUCCUGUCUGCAUGGCCUUCUCUUUAUCCUAGAAGGCUGCCUGUUGUCUAACAUAGCCAUUGGUGGUAUAUCAGAGGAGCUGCAGCUAAUCCUGCCGUGCGCAGUGGAAUACGUGCAAUCGUACAUAAACAAGAAAAAUACACAAUCACAAGAACAUUCUAUGCUUGUCUGGUCUUUAGCCUUCUAUCUAAUGGAAAAUGUGGACGAAGUGCAUAUGGAAUCGAAUUUUGUUGUUAAUACUUUACAAUCUGCCGUGAUGUCUGUACAAAAUAAAAGUCUGGACUGUGAGGAUAAAUAUAUUGUCAAGGGGUUGGAAAGGUUACUGCUCGUGAAGCCAAUGUACGUAUUAGAAAAAAUUGGGAAGAAUUUACAAAAACUGGCAUUGGAGAAAAUGCGGAAUGAAAAUCCCUCAGUUUCAAUUUUGGGCGUACAGUUGCUAGUCACUUAUAUGUAUGUUGAUUGUUGGGAACAUUUAGAAAAGCCGGAACCAGAAAAUGAACAAUCAAGUCCAGACCACUUAGUGCAAACGAUCGAAAAAAUAUCUGCAAUUUUCGAACGUAUCAAGAAAAGUUAUGUGAGCGAAGUGGAAAUGUUGUGUUCAAUAUUGCCUAUGAUCCUCAGAGAUUUUUUUUCUCCGUCUGACAUUUUGACUAAAGUAAUUGGGGAGUUUUUGUCGCCUCAACAACCGCAUCCGAGGCUGAUGAGCGAAGUAGUUUUCCAGGUUUUCGAUAGUGCGAUUGAAUUGAACCAACUAUCGUUACUACAAGACUGGGUUGUAUUCAGUCUUUCGAACUUCACGCAGUCCUUCUCCAACAUGGCCACUUGGUCUCUAACGUGCUUUUUCAUAAGCGCCAGCCCUAAUAAAUGGCUGAAAGCUUUUUUCCCUUUUGUUCAAAAUAGGGUGGGCAGAUACGAAUAUGAAGACAAGAAGAUAUUUUGCAUCGCCGGUGCAGAUUUCUAUAAAAAUUUAACAAAUGAUAAUCAGAGGAAAACUUUUGUGGAUAAUUUUGUUAAAGUUAAGGAUCACGCAGACAUGCCGUUUAGUGAUUUGUUGAAUUCACUGUAAAACAUGAUGGUUGUGACUUUUAAGUUUAGCUUCACAUACAAGGUGUCUGGAUAAGAGUACAGCGUGGCUGUAUCUCGAGAUAAUGGGUCGCUCCGUAUCUUUAUCUGGCAUUAUGUAUUUAUUUGUAUACAUGUUUUGAUAUUUUAUGAGUAUGUAGCCUUCUAUUGUGUGAAACAUAAGAUAAUUUCACUGUUAAUAUAUUUUUAUUUCUCAAAAUAA